UUAGAGGGGCUAAAAUGAUUAAUAUAUAAGUUCAUUUUUCGACUGCAACUUGUCACUUGUCGUGUUUACUGUUUGAUUGUUACAACUUGUGCUAAUACAAUGAUCAAUUUAAACAAUAAAGUAGCUUUAAUUACUGGCUCAAGCGAUGGAAUCGGAAAGACAACAGCUAUACUCUUUUCAUCAUUAGGUGCUAAAGUAGCCAUUGUUGGUCGAGAUCAGUCUAAACUGGAUAAAGUUGCUGCUGAAUGUGAAGCUAAGUCACCUCAUGGUUACCGUCCAGUCGUUAUAAGAGCCGAUUUCUUACACGAUGAAGACAUUAAAAGAACCUUUGAAGAAACGAUUGCUGGUUACUGUCGACUGGACAUUCUUGUCAACAAUGUCGGUGUAGUUAAUCUAAAAAGUUUUGAUGACCCUGAAGCUAUUGCUGAUUAUGAUCGUGUUAUGCAAACUAACAUUCGGACAGCAGUUAUCUUAACUCAUUUGGCUAAACCUUAUCUCAUUGAGUCCAAAGGAUCAAUCGUUAACGUAUCAAGUGUCGAUGGCUUGAAACCGAUUUCUUCUGAAUGGUCUUAUUGUAUGUCCAAAGCUGCAGUAAACGCUUUUACUCAAGCCAUUGCUAGUGUAACAAAAAACUGGUUUUAACCAGGUUGGUUUGGUGCUACCUUUCCCUACCUCAAGUAGGUAGGGAAAGGCCAUAAUUGGUUGAAAUUUGGAGGUCGGCCAUUUUAAACGGGAGAAGAUUUUCUCCCUCAUCCAGCAUAAAAUGGCCGACCAUUUCUUUGUUUGAGCGCGUAUCUAGCCACCCGCGGAAGCCCUGGUCAACCAGUAAUCGAUAUAAGUAAAAUACUAUUUGAUGUUGUGAAUUUCACCUCUUACAUUUUCACCAUAUUAGUAAAUUCUAAUUGACUAUAUGUA